AUGAUAAAAUAUUACCACAUUAGGCAAUCAAGUAGCAUGACUGUUAUUCUGAAACAGGAAAUAAAUUAUGAAGUGAGAGGAAAUUGGUUAUUCCUCGAUCCUAUGAACCAGUUGAUUUCAAUUUAUAUAAAUAGGAUAGCUAUUUCAUGCUUCUAUGUUGCCAUAUUUCCAAUCUUCUUAUUUUCCUCACUUUCCAUAAGAAGCACUCCACCAUACCCAAAUACACACAAGAUGCAAAAGACUCAAACCAAACAAGAAAACAAAGAUAACUGUUGUUUAUUACUAGCAGGUGCUGCUGCAGGUGCUGCAGGUGUCGCAGUUGCAGGUGCUGCCUGUGCCGGAGCCGCCUGUGCAUGCAACUGUGUCAUUGCCUAG